AUGGCAGCAUUGUCGGAUUCGGAUUCAAGACGGAUGUAUUCGUGGUGGUGGGAUAGCCAUAUUAGCCCCAAAAACUCAAAAUGGCUUCAGGAGAACCUUACAGAUAUGGAUACCAAAGUCAAGACAAUGAUCAAGCUUAUAGAAGAAGAUGCAGAUUCAUUUGCAAGGAGAGCAGAGAUGUAUUAUAAGAAACGUCCUGAGCUUAUGAAACUAGUUGAGGAGUUCUACCGGGCAUAUCGUGCACUUGCAGAAAGAUAUGAUCAUGCAACUGGUGUGAUUCGCCAGGCUCACAGAACUAUGGCAGAAGCUUUUCCAAAUCAAGUUUCCUUAACAUUUUCUGAUGAUUCAUCUGCAAAUUCUGUCUCUGGGACUGACCCUAGAACUUCUGAGAUUUCAACCCCAGUACGUGAAUUAUGUGAAAUGGAUGAUUUGCAUAAGGAUGCUGUGGGACUCUCUUCAUCCUUUUGUCAUUCUGUUGAACAAAUUGGAGAAUUCACAAAUGAGUCCAAUUCUGCAAAGGGAACGAUUGGUUUGAAACAGCACAAUGAUCUGUUUUGGCCUGGUAAUCAUGCAAAAUUGAUAGAAGGGAUGGUGAGAAAGGGCCUUAAUUUUGAUGAAACAGAGGAGAAACAACUAAGUGUUCAAUCCGAGGAGAUUCUGAUCUUGAAGGAAACCCUUGCCCGAACGGAGGCUGAGAAGGAAGCUGUCCUUGUUCAGUAUCAACAGAGCCUGAAUAAACUAUCCAAGCUUGAAUUUGAUAUUUCUCAUGCCCGAGAGGACUCCAAAGUUCUUAGUGAUCGUGCAAGCAAUGCAGAAAAUGAAGUUGUUAUCUUGAAGGAAUCACUGUCCAAAUUAGAAGCUGAAAAGGACGCUACCCUUAAAAGGUACCAUCUGUGCUUGACCAUGAUAGCUGAUCUUGACAAUAUUAUUUCUAGUGCCCGAGAUCGUGCAAAGGAACUUAAUGAAAAGGCCAGUAGAGCUGAAGCUGAGGCGCAAUCGUUGAAAGAUGCAUCUCACAAUCAGUACAUGAAAUCUUUGGAGAUGAUAGGGAACCUGGAGAACAAACUACAAUUUACUGAAAAAGAAUCAAGAAUGUUGAAAGAGCAAGCAGAAAAAGCAGAAGGUGAGGUUUUGAUUCUGAAGCAGACCAUUUCAAAAUUUACUGAAGAGAAGGAAGCUGCAACUCUCCAACACCAGAAAUGCUUGGAGAUGAUUUCUAGUCUAGAGCUCAAACUCACAUGUGCAGAGGAGGAGGCAAAGCGGCUUACAGUCGAGGUAGAAAUUGGAGCUUCAAAAUUAAAAGGUGCUGAAGAACAAUGUCUUCUGUUAGAAAGAUUAAACCAGUCUCUUCACUCUGAGGUGGAAUCCUUGAUGUUGAGGAUUGGAACUCAAACUCAAGAACUUACAGAGAAGCAUAAGGAAUUGGGAAGACUUUGGGUUUGUAUACAGGACGAACGCUUGCGUUUUAUGGACACUGAAAAAGCUUUCCAAGCUUUGCAGCACGUGCACUAUCAAACUCAGGACGAAUUGCGAUUAGUGGCUUCAGAUUUACAGAAGAGGGCUAGAAUUUUGAAAGUUGUAAAGACCCGAAAUCGGAGCUUAAAAGAUGAAGCCUUAAAGUUUAAGAAGGAGAACAAGAACCUGGAUGAGCUUAAUGCAUCUUCAGCCUUGUCAAUGAAGUAUAUGCAAAAUGAGAUCUCUAGCUUAAAAGAAAUGAAAAUUAACAUUGAGGGGGAACUUGAGCUUCAAAUCAGUCAAAGUAAUGCUCUUCAACAUGAAAUGUAUUGCCUGAAAGAAGAAUUGAAUGAUUUGAACAAUAAACACCUUUCAUUUUUGGAGCAGGUGCAUGCCAUAGGCCUGAACCCAGAGUCCUUAGAAUUAUCAGUGAAGGAAUUACAGGAUCAGAAUUUUAAUCUGAAGGAAAAUUGCGACAGAAAAAGAAGUGAUAAAGCUGUUCUCUUGAAGAAACUGGAGAACUUGGAGCUCCUCCUCGAGAGACGUUCAAUUUUGGAAACUUCAUUGGAGCAAUCCCAGGAAUCUCUUUCUGAGGAGAAAUUGACUCUUCUUAAUGAGAAUGCUACUCUCAUGACUCAGCUACAGGUAUCACGUGAUAAUCAAGAAAAACUCUCACAGAAGAACACUGUUCUUGAGAAUUCCCUUUCUCAUGCUCACGAUGAACUUCAAGCUCUGAAGGAUAGAUCUAAAAGCUUAGAAGAUUCAUGUCAGUUACUUGUCAAUGAGAAGAUUGAUCUGAUUAGUGAAAGGGAUGCUUUAACUUCUCAACUUGAAAACACUCAAAUAGGAUUAAGGGCUGGGGAUUGCAAAGUUGAUGAACUAAUGACCGAGAUAGGCAAUUUACACAGGAAUUUAUUGGAUGUGCAGGUUUCUUGCCAGAAAUCACAGAAACAGAAUUUUGAAAUUUGUGAGGAGAAAAGAUCCUUGGCAGACAAGUUCUUACACCUAAAGAAAAAGAAUCGCAUCAUAGAAGAGGAAAAUUCUGUUUUAUGUGGCAAAAUAUUAGCUCUAGAUAACUUUUCCUCGAUUUUAAGAGACUGUGUUCGUGAGAAAUUUAUGGUAUCAAGAGAACUCGUUGAUGAUCUAAAUAAACUUCUUGGUGUCAAUGGUGCUUUUGCGGGAAAGUUAACCUUAAAUGAGGGGAGGUUGAAAGAAUCACAAAUGGAAAAUCUUCAUCUCCAAGAGAGAUUGCAGAAGACAGAGGAUGAGUUGAAAAUUGUCUCCAUUGCCAAAAAUCAGCUAAAUAAAAAGAUUGAAAAUGGACACAACAUGUUACAUAAGAACGAAAUGGAACUUCAGGAAGCCCAACGGAAGAUAAAUCUGAUAGAAGCUGAAAAGUUCAAAUUGAGAGAAGAUUUGGAAUAUUUGAUGAUGAAGUAUAAUGAGCUCAAGAUGAUAAGAGACAGCCAAGAAAAUCAUAUUUUCAAACUCUCUGCAGAGAAUGGCCAGUUAAGUAUGGAGAUUGACGUGUUGGAGAAUCAUGCUACAUUGGUUUUUGGUCAAUUACAGUCCUCUAUAGUCAGCCAGCAUAUCUAUGAGCAGAAGUUUCAUGAGCUCUACAAAACUUGUGUUGGCUAUAUAGACGAAAACGAAGGUCUCAAAAGUCAAUUGACUGCUUAUGGGGCUGAAACAAUUUCUUUGAAGGAAUGCAUAUCAUCCCUGGAGAACUGCACCAAUUUACAUGUGAAGCUUCGAAAUCCUAAAAAUGAGGAAAUGGAGGGUACUCAAUUGAUGAAUCAUCUACGUGGAAACCAUUUGAAUGAAGUUGAGAAGGCCACAGUACAAGAUACAUUAUCAAACUUGCUAAGUCUGCAAGCUAGAGUUCAAGCCAUUGGAAAAGCAACGGUUGAGAUGACACGCCUCCUUGUUCAGGAAAACAUUGAUCUACAGUCCAAUCUUGAAUCUGCAAUGAGCCAAAUUGUAGAGUUAAAAUCUAAGAACAGCCAGUGUAGUAGAAAUUUGAAGCCAGUAUCUGAAACAUCUGAGGCAGAAAAUUCACUUCUGACAAAGGACAUCAUGCUUGAUCAGAAAUCUGAAUGUUCAUCUCAUGGAAUUAAAUGGAAAGAACAUGCUGCAACUGAUAAUCGAGUCUCAGAAUUAUGGGAAGCUUCAAACCCUAAUGGAAGCAUUGGUCUCACCGUUUGCAAGUCAAAGAAAAGAAUUUCACCAUCAGCUGAAAAAAUCAACAAUUUCCAUCAGGUUAAAUCAAUAAACAAACGGAAAGAUAAGUGUCUUAUUUCGGAUACAUUGAUUGAAAAUGAUUUGAGUAUGGACAAGUUUGAGAUCCCCAAAAGAUCAACUGAGGUCAUCCAGAAAGAGAAUAAGAGGAAGAUCCUAGAAAGGCUUAACUAUGAUACUCAGAAACUGACGAAUCUUGAAAUUACGGUUCAAGACUUAAAGAGGAAACUCGAAAUUACUGAGAAGAGCAAAAGGGGCAAAGCUGUAAUUGAAUGUGAGAAACUAAAGGGACAGCUCGAAGAAGCUGACAUGACCAUCCUGAAGUUAUUUGAUCUCAACAAGAAAUUGAUGAAACGUGUCGGAAACAGCUCCUUCUUCAAUGCAAACUCCUCAUUUGAGUCUGACGAGGAUGGAAGUGCUAGCAGACGGAGAUUUUCAGCUCAGUCUAGAAGAAUUUCUGAAAAAAUUGCGCGAUUGCAAUUGGUUGUACAGAAGUUACAGUUUGUUUUGCUGAAACUUGAUGAUGAAAAUGAAAUGGGAGUUAAAUCCACAAUGUCUGAAUCAAGAAGAAGAAUUCUUUUGAGGGAUUAUCUUUAUAAUGGGAGAAGAACAAUUCACAGGCGAAAGAAAUCCAAAUUUUGUGCUUGUGCGCAGCCUUCAACUACAGAAGAUUGA